UAGUGCUUGGUUUACUUGAAAAACGUGGUUUGUAGGGAAAAUCAAGUGUGUAUUCGCAUGUGUACGUUAUUUUAUGUAAAUAAAUCACAACUACUACUUGACGUGCUCCCCAACAUCGAGCCAGCCUGAAGAGUAAUCGGCCGCUUAUCGUGGAGCGAGAGAGCCCCAACGGCUCCAAACUACGUUGUAUUCGUGUGGUUGUGGUAGCAAACCUAGCGAGUAGUCUCCGUCUUUUCACUCGACAAAAAUGGCUGCUGCUAGUGAGACCAUACUGCAGGCGCUUGUUUGGGAUUAUCUUUCUCGGAAAGAUAAAACCCUUGCAGAAGUUUACCAGAAGAAAUUCAAAUCGCCCGUCAUCGGUAAAGGAUCGCCGCGUUUGGAGGAUGUCGUGAAACAGUAUCAGGUCUCAGCGCCCAAGAAGAUAGCAGUGUCGAAGCCAUCUGCAGAAUCUAGCUCUGAAGAUUCCUCGGAAGAAGAGGAAGAACAGACAAAAAAGGUGAUCGCGAAUGGAAAACCGGCGACGAAUGGUAAAGCAGCAGCCAAUGGUAAAGCUAAGACCCCAGCUAAGGCUCAGAAAAAAGAAUCCAGCAGUGAAGAUUCGUCUUCUGAAGAAGAAGAACCGAAAGCUCCCGUGAAAACUCCGGCCAAGACUCCGGCAAAGGUUACUCCAGCAGUUGUCAAGACUCCGGCAAAGGCCACACCAGCUGCUGCCAAGAAAGCUGAUGCAUCGAGCAGCGAUGAUUCCUCAUCUGAGGAAGAAGCGGCUCCUGUUCCCGCUAAGACUCCAGUGAAAGCAACUCCGGCUAAAGCAACACCAGCAGCGAAAAAGAAGGAAACAUCUAGUGAAGAUGAUUCAUCGGAGGAAGAGACCCCUAAAACUUCAGCUAAGCCAGUUCAAGCCAAGUUGUCAGCCAAGGGAACUCCGGCGCCGGUAGCCAAGAAAGCCGAAACCAGUGACAGUGAGUCGGAUUCGGAUGAUUCCGAGGCAAAAACGAAGACCCCAGUUAAGGCUCCUGCCAAGGCUGCGCCAGCAAAGGCCACUCCGGCAGCGAAGAAGGUUCCCGCAAAGAAGGCAGAGUCGUCUUCAGAUUCCAGUUCGGAAGAGGAAGACACACCAGCAGUGAAACCUCUGGUGAACAAGAAACCUGCCGCAACCCCGGCAAAGAAAAAGGAAUCCAGCGAUGAUUCUUCUUCGGAUGAGGAAGAAGCACCCAAGAAGGUUGUAGCUACUCCUGCUGCCAAACGAUCGGCACCAGCCAAGAAGCAAGAAUCAUCUAGUGAUGAUUCGUCAAGCGAUGAAGAACAACCACCAGCAAAGAAGCCAGCUGCUGUUACCCCCGCUAAGAAGCAGGAAUCCAGUGAAGAUUCAUCAGAUUCUGACGACGAGGCACCAGAGGAGAAACCUGCUGGCAAGAAGGCAGUAGUUGCGACACCUACCCAGAAGAGAAAGGCUGACGAGGACAAUGAGGAAGAUGAAGAGGAGGAGGAAGAAGAAGAACAGCAACCUCCGGCCAAGAAGGCCAACUACAACAACUUUGUCAAGGCUGGAGAAGGAAACAAACAAAACAAGGAGCAAAAUGAUCGCAAGUCGUUCGGUGGUUUCAACAAGGACCAGGGUUCCGCCUGGGAGUGUGACAAAUGUCAGUUCUACAAUGACUCCGAUGUGCGGUCUUGCGGACAGUGCAAGAACUUCAACAAGAAUGCUGAUGAUUCCAACGACUGGGAGUGCGCUUGCGGAUUCAAAAACUUCCCGAACCGUAGAUUCUGCUUCAAGUGUAAAACGCCUAAUCCCAGCGGUAAAUCACCUGGAGGGCGCCAAAGCUUCGGAGGUGGAGAUGCCGGAGGUGGACGAAAAAGCUUCGGUGGAGGCGCAGAUGCUGGAGGCAGGACUUUCCCUGAGGAUUGGGACUGUCCCAGCUGCGGAGUUAGCAACUUUGCUAAGCGUGGCACUUGCUUCAAAUGCUCUGCGGCCAAUCCCAAUGGAAGCUUUGGUGACAAUUGGGAAUGCACGGAAUGCAACUUCUCCAACUUCCCCAGUAGAUUUUCAUGCUUCAAGUGCAAGCAACCGAAUCCCAACGGAGGCGGUGACGGAGGUGGUUUCCGCAAGAGCUUCGGUGGAGGUGGCCGAGGAGGAGGUGGUCGGGGAGGUGGUGGUCGAGGCGGUGGCGGUCGCGGAGGUGGUGGUCGAGGCGGUGGCGAUCGCGGAGGUGGUGGCCGUGGAGGUGGUUUCCGAGGAGGAGCUCGGGGAGGCGGUGGCAAUAGGAGUUUUUCGGGAGAUGAUUCAUCGAAACAGAACAAAAAGAUCACUUUCGACGAUCGUUUAAUUACGAACCAUAGCCAUUAUCGGCAUCGAAUACAGUACGAUGGAAGCAAAGUUGUAGAAACGAUCUGUUUGAUAAUAUCCUGUCCAAACUCAGCAGUCUGCAGCGGUCGAAGGUCGAUCCUCAAAUUCCACUUCUCUACACCAAACAACAAGAACGAACAGUCAUUCGAAGCUAACGGAAAUGGCAGUAGCAUUAAAAAGUUCACUAACAGUGACGAAAAGCGUGGAGUUAAUCGAUUCCGUCGAAUCAAGGAAGAGGAUGUCUCCAUCGAUGACCGAUUACAGGACAACUCCUUCGAUGCCAAGAGUGAUGCAAAGUGCUCCGUCGAUACUCUCGCAGCUAUAGCGUUAGCGUAUGAUGACGGUGCAACGGAGUAUAUGGAAUACCGAUGGAUCUAUCUGGUGGCUCAGAUAUUUACGUUACUUCUCACCUGCAUAGAAAUUACACGGGCAUCACAGUCGUUGUGGCCGAGCCUUUCGACAGAUAAAUGUUCCGGCAGCGGAAGCCUGAAGUACAUCUCCGGUAAUGCUCUGACAGACAGCGCGAACUGUUUAGGACCGAACAAUGCUCCGUAUCCAAGCAACGUGGUGUCACGGACGUUCUCCAACUGGAAUCCUAGCGGGUCGUCUCGGCGGGGGCGCAUGAGCCAAGUGCCUACCGUGGACCCGAAAGUGAUGCAGCAAACCCUGAUGCAGACCUACAGCGACGUCAAUGAGGUGUCACAGCAUGAGGAUGUCCGCACGCGAUACAGUCGCUCCGUGGACAACACCCAACAGUGCCUCGAUACGCCCUCGCGGUUGUGCAAAACCCGCUACAACACCACCGCCCCGAUGUACGGCGUGAGUCUCACUUCCGGCCAGCCCGUGACGAUCGUGCAAAAAUUCCCCGAUCUCCUGCAGCAGGUCGUCUUCGAAGUGUGCGAAUCAUCCGAGUGCGACGUGGUCCGGGGUGAAUGUACCCAAACGUACGUCCCCUAUCUGUUUCUGGUGAUUCCGCUGGGACCGGUGACGCUAACCGGUCAGGAUUAUGUCCUAGUCGAGAGUGGAUGUGUGUGCAAGCCAAAGUAUGCAACGGAGAAACCCCGCGAAUCCGGAGGAAACUUCAUACCCUAGAUAUCGAUCGACGCUGUUGAAGAAGAUGUGCGAUUAGAACGUUAGAGGGGGCAGUUGAACCACGAGUGUGAAUUGAAGUGAUGUUUUCUUUAACGAUGCGGUUUCCUUGAAACCAUUGCAGUUCGAUGAGCGAGAGCAGGUGAUUACAAAAUGGAUAAUAAACCCAGACAGGCAAAACGGUUCGAUCGUUUUUAUGAUCUUGAGCCGAUAGCUAGUUCAAAUAUGAAAAAAAAAUAAAGAUUGCAGAAAAUUAAAACACUAGGAAGAAUAAUACAAACUGACAACGAAGAGCCUAGCUUUAAGUUUAUUUAAUUUACUGGUGAGAUAAAGUGCUGUUAGUUAGGGUCCAGCUUCCAUCCCGGAUAAAUUAAUUAUUUCAGCUUUUUGUAAAUAUGUUUCCUACUUUUUUUCUAUCAGGAUAUAUCUAAUAAGUAAAAGAUAAUAUUUGCAUUUCAACUCUUGGACGGUAUGCGAUCUGAUCGAAAUGACUCAAAUUUCCGUCUUUUCACAUUCUACUACGAGUGUCUACCGGCUUUGUCCUACUGUUUUCACUAUCUAUUUAUGCAUUUUGUAUGUGCAAGAAUGGAACUCAAUAAAUUAUUUAUUUUUAAUUAUACGAAA